CAUUCGCGCCAGUGGCAAAGCCGGUAACUGGAUAACGUUCCUUUCACCAGUCAUCGCCUCGUUCUUGGCCGCUCCUUCCUCAUCCUCAUAUGUUCGCGCCCUAUGUGCUUGUUGCUUUGCUCCUGAGAGCGGAGAGAUGGCUCUGAGUGUUCUGUCUCUCUCCAUCUCUCGCCCUUCUCACAAUUCACCUCCCAGCUUCCGAACCUCUUCUAAUAGUACCAGCUCUCUCAUCCUCCUUCUAAGGCGAUGGAACUCAAGUCUCUUCUCUACUCACAACCUCUGCUAUGCCUCUUCUCCCGUCGCUGAUAGUUGGCAGCCCAUAAGAGCUUCUUCUGACCAGAGGGACGGUGCGAGCACCGGGGUCUCCACUCCCAGCUUGCUGGAUGAGGAAUUGCUGCGGCGGGUCUCUAGCGCCAGGGAUGCCGACCAAGCCCUGGACAUGAUCGCAGAGGCACAUCGGAGUGUUGGGUAUGGUACCUUGGAGAUUGACGAUUGCCAUUCGAUCAUCGCGGCUGCAUUUGACCGAGCGAACACCGAAUUGGCCCUCUCAAUAUUUCAUGCCAUGUGUUCCGGCUUCAGUCAAGGUGUGAGUGAAAAUAAUUCAUCUGUCAAGGGGUGGACUUGGGCCAGGCCAGAUGUGCGCACAUAUGCAUUGAUGGUUCGGGGGCUUGCAGCAUCAUCACGAGUGUCAGAUGCAAUUAGGAUGAUUUCCUAUGUUUCUCGGGCAGGAGUUUCUGCAGGGGAGGAGGUUUCGUUCGGGAUGAUUGUGAGAUGUCCAAACUGUAUGAUAGCGAUUGCUGUUGCACAACCUCAAGAUGGUGUUCAGGUUGCAUCUUGUUCAAAGUGUCGCUAUCAGUAUGAGCUUGUAUCUGGGGACAUAGUUAGCAUUGAUUCAGAAGAAAUCAGCAUGGAUAUUUCAGCUUGGGAAAAGGCUUUGAGGUUCCUACAAAUAAUGAAAGAGAAUAUUCCUGCUGCUCUUCACUCCAUUGUGGUUCGCACUCCUUCAGGAACAGCUCGUACGCAUAAAUUUGCUACAAAGACGGUGGAGCUUCCUGCUCAGGAAGGAGAAAGAGUGACCAUUUCAUUAGCAGCUCCAUCAAAUGUUUAUCGGGAAAUGGGUCCAUUAAGGUUAAGUGCGAGAUCUCCCGGGUUUGAUCCAGAGGAACCCAUAUGUCUCACAAACCACACUAGUGGACAGGUAUCACAAUUGCUAAGAGCUCCAGUUAAGAAUGGUGGUUCAUUUUUCCUCAACCCAUUUGUUCUGUUCCCUACUCUUGCUUUGCUGGCAACUGGAGAUGCUGCCUCUGUAAUAAUCGACCCGAGCCUUCCUAGACUUAUUUCAGUUGCUGCUGUGGCAUCAUUGGCUGUGGGAACUACGAUGAACCAUGUACUUCUCCCAGAAUUACGUAAGCUUCCUCGGAGGACAGUGGAUGUAGUUGCUCUUAAGCAGCAGCUUUUGUCUCAAUAUGACCUGCUGCAGACUCGCAUCAAGGACCUAAGACAAGCUGCUGAAAAAGAGGUUUGGAUGUUGGCUCGCAUGUGUCAAUUGGAGAACAAAAUUGUAGCUGUAGGGGAGCCUUGUUACCGUGCUCGACAAGGUAGGGUCAAAAGGGUACGUGAAAGCUUGGAAAACUCCCUCUUGGCAAGGAUUGAGCUAAUUGAUAGCUAUGCAAAAAUAUCUUCAAUGAUUGAGAUUGAAGUGGAAAUGGACUCUGAUGUUCUUGCUGCUGAGGCAGUGAGUAAUGCAGAGAGCAUUGCAGAACAGAUACAACAAAUCAUGGAGAUAGAAAAUCUUGAGGAGCGAUGGCGUCUACAAGCAGAGGCAAACGACGAAGUUGAGAGGCUUCUCAAUUCUCAGCCUGCAUCCAAUGAACGUGUGUAGCCAUAAUGCGCUAAUAAAAGCAGCAUGACUCGCAUAUGCCAGCAGCCAAUUGAAAUCCUUCCGUAUUUCUUCUCCUUCUUCAAAAAAAAAAAUCCUCCCGUAUUUCUUUGUUCAGUGAAAGCCCUGUAAGAGAACUGGAUGAUACUCCAAAAGCAUUCUUUCACUAGCAUCAUUGAAAUUUCCAAGCUUCGUU